AUGCCUUUUUUUAAAAAUCUGAUACGGCCGAGGACUUGGAUUACCGAUAAAUUCUUACGGGAAUGCCAUAUUUACCCAAAGAAAUCCAGUAUAUGGUCUAUUUUACUACACUCUGAUGUUCUUGCUAAGUUGUCUCAAAUCAAGAAUAAUGAUGAAAUUAUCAAUACUACUGUCUUGCAUUUCUGUUCUGGGCUCAAUUUACUUGUGUUACAUUUUAUUUUUUAUUCUCAGAGAUAUUUGUCUUGUUUGUUUGUCUAUAUACGCUGUAAACAUUAUUAUUUGUUACAUAUCAUUUAA